AUGGAGAAAUUUUGCACCUUUAUUUUUACACUACUAUGGGUCAAACUUGCUGUAAAUGGUAAGUGUCCUAUUGCUGAAACGUUUUUGUAUUUUUGUUUUAUUAAUACAAAAUUUUUUUCAGAAAACAAUUAUACGGAUAUUUGUAUGAAUUUUGAAAUAAACCACAUUGCAAAUUUUGUAUCUCAAAUUUACACCAGGGCAUAUAAAUAUAUGAUAUAUACAUAUGGUUUGUUUGGGAAUCAGAAUAAAAACUUGAUAAGAGUGAGAUUAUCUAUCCAAUAAGCAAAUGCUUGGCUCGAUUUAAAGCCUUAUUACCCUUUGUCAAUAACAUUGUGCAAUUCUUUUUAAUUCUCGGUGUAUUUCUAGGCACCAGCACACCAAAUCCAAGAAAGCCCAUCUUCACGUCCACCCCAGAUAAAUCAAAUCUUGUUCUGGUCGGAAAGAAUAUAAAAUUGGAAUGGAAUUUCAAAUUUCGCUCGGCCAGUGAUAUUCGUCGGAUAGUGCUAUUUAGCUAUGGACUGCAUAAAAAAGCGAAGACAACUAUCGCUUCUAGGGUGAUUAAAUCGGGAAUAUUUCAGUACAAUCCUUAUAUACUGGAACGUCAGAAAUUGUUCGUGUGCGAGAUCUCUCUCAAAGAAGGUGGAAUCGGAAAGGCUUCUAUUUCAAUAUUGAAUGUACAAUUCGAUCACACGUAUGACUACGGAAUCAGUGUGAAAAUGACAGAAAGACAUCUGGCUCCGGCGGAAAAUGUAGUUUCGCUCAAAGUUGUCG